AUGCCCAAGAACAAGGGUACUUCCCAAAAAACGGCAUCUCACUACUCGUUUAGGAAAGGGAGGAAAAAAUCGCAGGCGAGGAAAAAACGAAAACGAGAGCUCAAAGCGCGAGCUGAUAUACAAAAGCGAGGGCCAAGGUACGCAAUUAGUCUAAAAUUAUCAGUCUAUGGCCAGGUCACUCGUAUGCUUGGGUCUGGACGCCUCGAGGUGUACUGUUUUGAUGGUCAGACAAGGCUAGCGCAUAUACGCGGAAAGCUGCGCAAGAAAGUAUGGAUAAACCAAGGAGACAUUGUGCUGAUUUCGUUGCGAGAUUUUCAAGAGGACAAGUGCGACGUAUUGCUCAAGUAUACUCCGGACGAAGCACGAGUUUUGAAGCAGAUUAAAGAGAUUCCAGAAGGGGCCAAGAUCAACGAAAACGACAUGCAAGGUCCUGGUGGUGACGACGAAUGCGUCUUUGAGUUUGAGGAGGACGACAUUGACGACAUCUAA